AUGAGCAGCACUGCUGAUCUGUUGGACAAAGUUUUAAAAGCAAUUGAAGAAAAUAUUACCACUGAAAAUAGCUGCUCUCUUCUUAUGGCUCUGGACACAUUACUGAACUCUGAAAAUACAAAAGAAAUGGGCUUUACGUGCAAGAUCCAGGCUCUGCGUGAUAAGCUGUGGGUCUUCCUGGUACAGUCUUUCUAUGCCGUUCGUCACACAGAAAGCUGGAAGCUGAUGAGCACAGAUGAUCAACAGAAAAUCCAAGGAGCUGCAUUUGACAAAGGUGAUGAUCGAAGACUAGGCAAAAAGCCUGUAUUCACUAGUUCUCAGCAAAGGAGACAAGCAUCUGAGUCCUGUGUUACAAAAAACAAUUCUUGCAGGGAAAAUAACAAGAAGGAGUGUUGGAGUUAUCCUUCUACUCAUCGAAAGAUGAAAUCUGAUGGAUUAGGUGCUUCUGGACAUUCAUCAAGUACUAACAGAAAUACUAUAAAUAAAACUUUGAAGCACAAUGAUUUAAAGGAAAAGAGUGGUACAAAAAUAGCAUCUACAAUUACAAAAGACUUGAAAACUGGGGGAAAAAAUGUUUCUGGGAAGGCCAGAGCCGUAAUUAGGCCCAAACCAGAAAACAGUGCUGCUAAUGCAAAGUCUGAAAACAUGUCUCCUAGACAAGUUGUGGAAGGGGCAGCCGCAGCAUUUGACCCAAGGAAUUCUUUAAAUGGAAAAGGAGUGAAAAGUCAGAAAGGACAGAUUGCAGGUGCCAGACCCAAGGUCCUCUCUGGAAGCUUAAAUGCACAUGCUAAAGCAAAGCCCUUGAAGAAAAUAACAGGGAUAGAGUCUCCAGUCCUUAGCAUCACAGGACUUUCCAGCAAAUCUACCAAUUCAAGUAUGGAGUUACUGAUUUCUGCUUGCUCUCUUGAUGAACCAAAAGAAAAUGGAUCAAUAGAAGAAAAGCCAUCAGAUAAUAAACUGUCUUUUUGUGACUCCCAAGGACAGACAGUGAAAACUAACGUGCAGAGUGUCAGCACUAACACUGUAGUAAAAUCUCGACCUGUUUCAAGGGUUACCAAUGGAACUACCAAUAAAAAAAGCAUUCAUGAACAAGAAAUCAACAUGGACAACAGUGGGUUAAAGAAGGGUCUUGGCAAAGGACCUAGUGAUCCAGUACCACAGGCAAUUCUGAAGAAAAGAGGAAAUGGCAGUGGAUCUGCUACAGCUCAGCACAGGACAAAGACCACCUCGUCUAAUCUUGCUAAAAACCAAGGGUCUCAAGGAGAGUCACCAAAUUCUCUAAAAUCUUCAGUCUCUUCAAGGCAGUCUGAAGACAGUGUGAUGAAGUCAGACCGCAGUGCAGUUACAGAUAAACAAAUACCGAAGAAAAAAUCUGCCAAGCAGGACCACACAACUUUGUCUAAGGCUAAUGGAAAAAUGGUGGCAAUGCCUAAAAGCCUAAUGCAGUCAAAGAAAGGAGAAACUUUGAAUACUAAAGAUGCAAAACAGAAAAUGCUUCCAGGACAGGUUACUUUGAAGACUCAGUCCUCUCAAAAACCUGUGAAAAGUGACUCAUCAACCAAAAACAGUAUGCAUCAUGAUACACAUGAUAAGGGUAGUGCUUCUGAACAGAAGUUUCAUGCACCUCUAAAUAAGUUUACACCUGAAGUCAGUGGUACAGAAGCAACCCACCCUUCAUGCACACCUGGCCCACAAAAGCCAUUUAACAAUAAAGAAAAAGAUAAAGUGGUCAUGGAAGGCAAAAAUAUUUCAAACCCGGAUAAAUCAGUAAAUCAUACACUGGAAUCAAAACAGAUUUGUUCAGAUAAAAAUGAAGCCAAAUUACCUAAUCACAAAGCAGAAGAUAAUUGCCAUGCUACUAAAAUACAUUAUCAUUUUGAUGAAAGUGAUAGCAUGGAUAUAAAAUGUCAUAACACUAUUGUCCUAAAACCCAAGAUUUCAAAUCCCAAUGAAAACUCCUUGAACUCUAAUCUAACUUGUAAUUUAGAGACAACAAAUAAAGAACAAACCUCUUUAACAUCAGACCGGGAGAACCAAAUGGAGAGAAAAGAUCAAAGCCAAAAUUCAUCUAUUAUAUGUGUGAAAGAUGUUUUACCUUCUGUUCCUGAAAGGACAAAUAAAACUUUAAAUUCUGUUCAAGAUGACAGAAAAUGCAAUAUUCAUGUAGAAGGAUUGGCAAUUCCUAGUCACUUGUCUGAUGACUCUGCUACAUAUAAAGACAAAUGUGCAGAUUCAGAUGUUUCCUCUAAAUGUUUUUCAGGACAAAUAUUGAGGAAAAAUUCUCCUAAAGAAAUGGAAACCAUAGAAACUCCAGAGAGCCAUGAAACUCUAGAAGUGCCAUUCAUGGGGCCUUGGAGUUUGAGUACCAGCAUUCUGCAUCAGAGAGAGAGUCCUGAAUCUGAUACUGGCAGUGCUACCACAUCCUCUGAUGACAUAAAGCCCCGAUCUGAAGACUAUGAUGCUGGAGGGUCUCAAGAUGAUGACGGGUCCAAUGACAGAGGCAUUUCUAAGUGUGGCACUAUGGUGUGCCAUGAUUUUCUUGGAAGAAGUAGCAGUGAUACGAGUACUCCUGAAGAAUUAAAAAUAUAUGACAGUAAUCUAAGAAUUGAAGUUAAAAUGAAAAAGCAAAAUAGUAGUGACCUUUUCCAAGUUAAUUCUACAAGUGAUGAUGAGAUUCCUAGGAAAAGGGCAGAGGUUUGGUCUCGUUCUACAGUGGUCCACCCCAGGGAGAAAGAAAAUGCUCUGAGAGGCAGUAUUCAGUGUGCUCAGGAAAUAGAUCAAAUUUCUUCUUCAGCAGAUGAAACAGAAGAUGAAAGGUCUGAAGCAGAAAUUCUUGCAGAAAGCUUCUCUACAUCUAACCAAACUCCUCAGCAGUUUCAGGGAAUAAUUAAUUUAGCUUUUGAAGAUGCAACAGAUAAUGAAAGUCAUGGAUUUUCAUUAACUAAAAAAUUUAAAAGAUCAGUUUUACUUUCAGUAGAUGAAUGUGAAGAGAUAGGAUCUGAUGAAGGGGAAGUUCACACACCCUUGCAGCUUUCAAUAGACUCUCUUUCACCAUCUGAUGUCUUUGAUGGCAUUUCUCAUGAACAUCAUGGAAGGAACUGCUAUUCUAGUAACUUGAAAGAAAGUGAAAAUUGCAAUUUAGAAUGUAAACCAGAUAAAGGCAAUAGUUUAUAUAAAAGUCAAAACACUUUCUUGGGUCCUAGUAGCAUUUAUUCUUCAAGAAAAGAUCAACAGAGUACCAUUGCCUCAGGAAAAAAUCUCGGCUUCAAUGUUCUGUCCAAAGGAGGCAGAACACUGCUUUCAGAAGAAUCAAAAGUAAACAGGGGAGGUGAUGCAAAUAAUGACUUUGAGCAACAUAGCAAAUUUCUAGACAGUGAUACAAAAAAUCAAGAAAGACCAUGCCAUUUGGAGCUUCAUCAAAAAGAACCCAAUUCUGACAUACCAAAGAACAACUCUACAAAAUCUAUAGACUCCUAUCAGAGCCAAGUUCUGCCUCAGGAAGGUCAAGUGAAAGAGAGCCAUCCCACAGCUACUGAAAAAGCCAAUAUUGCUUUACCUGCAGGAGACAUAGAUGAUUGUGACACUGUGGCACAAACCUGCAUGUAUGAUCAUCGGCCUUCAAAAGCCCUCUCUCCAAUAUAUGAGAUGGAUGUAAUAGAAGCUUUCGAACAGAAAGUGGAGUCAAAAUCACACUUUAUGAACAUAGAUUUUGAAGAUAGCCAGCACUUUGCAAAACAGGAUUGGACACUACUAAAGCAGCUGCUCUCGGAAGAGGAUUCAAACUUGAAUAUUACAAGUUCUGUUCCUGAAGAUUUAAAUUUAGCACAGUAUCUAAUUAAUCAGACAUUACUUUUAGCACGAGACAGCUCAAAACCUCAGGGUAAAGCACAUGUUGACACUUUGAACAGAUGGAGUGAGAUUACAUCUCCACUGGAUGAUUCCUCCGCAAGCAUUACCAUGGCGAGUUUUUCCUCUGAAGAUUGUUCACCCCAAGGGGAAUGGACAAUUCUGGAACUGGAAACUCAGCAUUAA